AUGAUACAUCGUAAUAGUAAAAAUAGUGAAUGCUAUUCUUCUAAUAAUAAUAUUCAUUUACAUUCUAUAGUAAGUCGAUUAGAAGUUAAUGAAACACAUAAUCAUAUUGGUGGUGGUGAUGGUGAACAUGAUGAAAACAGUUAUUCGAGCAAAAAUCAAUUAUUAUUGAAAAAACAUUCUAAUUAUGAUAAUAAUGAUUGUGAAAGUGAAAAGAAAAUCAAUCAUAAUCAGUUAGGACAUUAUAACAUGACGAAUAAUAGUGAUCAUAAUUCAUAUGAAAAACAAAAUAUAAUUGAAUUAAAACAAAUACCCAUUACUAUCAACACAAUGAAUAAGAAUGAUUCAAUGACAACAACAAUUAUACAACGAAAAAAAUAUGGUUUAAGUAAACAAAAACAAAUGGAUUUUCUUAAAAAUUUUAAGAAAAAAGAUGAUUUAUUAGAAAUGAAUAAAAAUAAUUUUGGACAACAAAAUAUCACAAAAGAUUUUCUAUUACGUACUAUUCCUUAUAAACAUGUUAUAUUUAUAAAUUUAGCAUCAACAAAAUUACAACUAUUCAAUGAUAGUGAUAAGAAAAUGAUAUUUAAAUUAAAAACAACAGUAUCUGAAGUCAUAGCAUCACAACCCUGUCGAGGUAUUAUUGAACCUCAUUCUUAUGUUCAAUGUCAACUAACACCUAUCGAAAUAAAACAUCGUGUUCUACUUGUUAUUCAAUAUGCUAACUAUUCUUCAUCUAUUCUCGAUCUCAAAUCACAAAAUUAUAAUCAAAUUUGGAAUAUUCUUCCACAUCAAACUAUCCAUAUUAAAAAAUUACAAUGCAUAUUUGAAUUAUCCAAUUUAUUACAACAACAGCAACAAGGUGGUCAGUAUACCAUUGAAUAUAAUAAUAAAAGUGUACAUUCGUAUUCACCAGUCUUAUUAAAUUAUUAUCAAUUACCACGUACUAAUCAUUUGAAACAACGAAAUUCGUCUAACUUUUUACGAUGUACCGCACCAGUGAGAAAGAACGCAUCGCUUAGUCUAAAGCAAAAUUCUAUUCUCAAUCGACAAUCUUUGUCGAUAAUGUCAAUGAUGAGAAAAGUAAUGCCAACAUUUGUGACACUCGCAACAUUUGGAGCUGUCUCGGCACUUUUAUACUACAGAUUAAAACGACAAUAA